AUGCUCCCUUCCCAGUCCUAUGUCAACAUCUCCUUCUUCCAACCACCUGCUUUCCUGAUGAUUGGCAUCCCAGGGCUAGAGGCCGUUCAUGGCUGGAUCUCCAUCCCCUUCUCCUCCAUGUACACUGUGGCCCUCGCUGGGAACUGCCUGAUCCUCCUGGCUGUGAGGAGGACUCCCAGCUUGCACCAGCCCAUGUACUACUUCCUGUCCAUGUUGGCCCUCACCGAUGUGGGUCUCACCUUGACCACACUGCCCACCACCCUGGCUGUGCUCUGGUUUGACCGUCGUCUCAUUGGCUUCAAUGCCUGCCUGGUCCAGAUGUUCUUCCUCCACUCCUUCUCUGUAGUGGAGUCCUCGGUGCUCCUGGCCAUGUCAUUUGACCGCUUUGUGGCCAUCUCCAACCCUCUGCGCUAUGCAGCUAUUCUUACAAACAGUGUCAUCAUCAGGAUUGGAGUAGCCAUUGUGGCCCGUGCUACCUUGUGCCUCUUCCCUGUGCCAUUUUUGGUUAAGCGUCUAAACUUCUGCCCUGGAAAUAAUUUCCUAUCCCACUCUUUCUGUUUCCACCCUGAUGUGAUGAGAAGAGCCUGUGCUGACAUCACAAUAAACAUUCUCUAUGGGCUCUAUGUGGUUGUUUCCACUGGGGGCAUAGACUCUCUGCUCAUCAUCCUGUCCUAUACUCUCAUUCUGCGCACUGUCUUGAAGCUGGCCUCUCCCCGGGAGCGCAUCCGGGCCCUCAACACCUGUGUCUCCCACAUCCUGGCUGUCUUGGUCUUCUACAUCCCAGUCAUUACCACGUCCAUGAUCCACCGUUUUGGAAGGCACCUGCCCCACAUUGUGCAUGCCCUGGUUGCCUAUGUGUACCUGGUGGUGCCCCCUGUGCUCAACCCCAUCAUCUACAGUGUCAAAUGCAAGCCUAUCAGGGAUGCCUUGCUUAGGGUGCUGACAGGGAAGGGCCAGAUCUGA